AUGAUGGGGAUUGACGAGCUCCGAAGCCUCUGUGCCAGUGCCUGGGACAAGCCUCAAGCCGACGGCCUCCCUAACAGCUAUGAAGAUGACGGCUCGCAUCUGUUCAACGAUGCCAACACCUACUUCAGACCCUUUCAAGCACCAGCCAGCCCUCCCAUGGAAUAUUCUGACUUCUCAUCCUACUACAACAAUGGAGAUACGAGCGUCUUGGACCAGUUCAACCAGUUGCCCGCCUCAAUGAUCAACCAGGAGCUCACCCUUCCCACCUUCGAGCACAAUGCUCUCCCCCAACACCAGGCUCCCCUCCAGAACCAUGACCCUCAGCAUGAAGCUCUCCCCCAGCAUCCCACUGACUGGGCCACCACAGAGCAGCACGACAGCUCCACCGCUAUCAACCGCUCAACCACCCCAGAGCUUCCCUUCACAGCCAACCUCUCCUCCAUCAACACCAACGGCGCGUACAUCGUCCCAGGCGGCUUCGCCUCCAAGCUCGCCUCCGCCCUGCCCAUCCCCUCCACCAUCCCCGCCGCCGAGCGCGUCGCCCGUGAGGCCGCCAUGCUCGCCAUCCUCUCCUCCCACAAGCCGCACCCCCUCCCGCCCCCCUCGCCCACCAUCAAGCGCCUCAUCCACCCCGACCCCUUCCGCACAACGCACAAGAUCCGCCUCGGGUCCUCCAAGAUCUUCAUCGCGCCCGUCUCGCCCAAGCCCGCCUUCGAGCCCUGGCUCGACGCCGCCUCCAUGCCCGAGGGCCCCGAGCGCGACGCCGCCAUGGCGCGCAACGACGCCAUCGCCGAGGCCAAGAACGACUUCGAGCGGAAGCGCAACAACACCGCCGCCACCCGCUCCCGCGACCGCAAGUUGCGCGCCGUCACGCACCGCGCCGAGGCCAUCUUCGCCCUGCAGUCGGAGGUAGAGUUCUGGAAGGCCCGGGCCGUGGGGCUCGGCGCCGGUGUGGGCGACUGGGAGGCGCUGGACGAGAAUGUGAAGCGCGAGAUGGUUGCGGACCACCGCUGGGACGCGCUUGAUUUUAGCAACGACGCGACUGAGGAGGAGAAGCGGUUGGCGAAGCAGGCCAAGGUGGCGGAUGCGGCGGCGAGAUCGAGGAAGGCUGCUUCUCGCAAGAAGAAUGGGAAGAUUGGUAAGAGAAAGGCGAAGGACAUGGAAGAGUGA